CUCCAGUCUCACUGACUGUCAAACUUACUUGUGCCGAAAUUACCGAUUGGGCUGAUUAACCACAAAAACUAUUACUUGGAUUGUUUACUAAAGUUUUAACAAAGUUAUCAAAAUAACAAACCUUAUUUUGCUGUUUCAAUAAAAGAACUCUCCUCCCUUAAGCAAUGGCUGGACCUAUACAAGAUGUGGUCGAAGAAGACGCAGCAGAUUUGCAGUUCCCGAAAGAGUUUGAGAAUGCAGAAACACUGCUAAUAUCAGAAGUGGACAUGUUAUUGGAGCACAGGAAAGCACAAAAUGAAUCUGCGGAGGAGGAACAAGAAUUCUCUGAGGUUUUCAUGAAAACCCUCACAUACACUAACAUGUUUAAGAAAUUUAAAAACAAAGAAACAAUAGCUGCUGUUAGAAAUCUCCUACAAUCUAAGAAACUACAUAAGUUUGAAGUGGCAAGCUUAGCUAAUUUAUGUCCGGAGACACCUGAAGAAGCCAAGGCGCUAAUACCAUCUCUAGAAGGCAGGUUUGAAGAUGAAGAACUCAGGAUAUUGUUAGAUGAUAUACAGACUAAGCGCAGUUUGCAGUACUAGUAAAAUUUAUGUAUUAUUCAAAUAUAAAAUGUUCGUUUUGUAAGCUAAGACUGGAUUUAUAAAAUUUUCUGAAUCAA